AGAGGGGGUGGUGCUGAAGGAAAAGAGCUGUGGAUAGGAGGAUCUCACCAGCAGCCCCAAAUGACAUUUCAGAGAAAGACCAACAAACCAGCCACAUUUUCCACUUGACAUUGAUCUACUUGUCUCAUCCACUGGGGCACGUGGGAGGUAAGAGGACACAGGGUGAUUCUUUAUUUAGAUGCCAGGAAUGUAGUUUGAAGAUGUAAAGCUGCAAAAAAAUAAUAAUGCCGUUUUGCACAUUCUUCCAGCACUCAAAAGGUUGUAAACGCUUGUAGUAGUCAUGACAUCAGCCUGCUCUCUGCAGUGCAGCUAUGAUCCUGUGUGCAUUGAUCUUAUAGUGCACUGUGUGUCUGAAUCAGCAGAGCUGGCAAGCCUUGUGUUUAUGGUUGUCUUGGUGUUGCUGUCACAGGCCUGGCAGUGUAAUGGUCUGAGGAGUCUGUCCUAUACCAGCUAUAUACCUGUAAAGAUAGCAUUAUGUCUGCAUCAAUGUAUCAUUGUAUGUAUUAGCAGGGAGUUUAGAAUCAGGUCGGUUAUGACCAACCAGCAUAGAAAUGGGGAAAAAAAUAUACACGAUUUCAAUGCAGAGAUAAAGAAAAAGGGUAGUGUUCUAUUAAUGAUUAUCUGACAUGCUGUGAUUUAUGAGAGGGGGUGGGCAUACAUGUCAGUACUAAUCUGGGAAAAAUAUAACUAAAAACACAUUUUACAUAGUGUGUAUGUUUUUAUUUUUGUAUUUGGUCAGUGUUUUGAAAAUAGCAGAUUUUGUUUUGUUUCCUUAAUGAAAGCUAAUUCUGAGUAGCAUGCUUAUGAUAGCAAAUAUAUUAUUUAACCCCUUAAGGACACAUGACAUGUGUGACAUGUCCUGAUUCCCUUUUAUUCCAGAAGUUUGGUCCUUAAGGGGUUAAAAUGCCUGUACAGCUGAAUAUACCCACUCCGGGUUAUGCUUGGAUUUAUGCUGUUAUUGUGCCUGGGCCCUAGGCCAAUGCUUAUUAAUGUGCGCCUCUCAUGACCAUUAUUAAUUGGUGUCCUUUAAAAAGGGCACCAUAAUUACUGUGAGAUAUAGUAGUGGCAAUGGUGCCAGACGUCUUUGGGUGUCCUGCUGUGUUUUGCUAAAAUGUUUUAAGCAGUUAGACAAACAUUGGGGCUCUCCCGUGAUGAAGCUACCCAUUGUGCUAUAUGUAUACAUCCAUAUAAACUGGGACCACAGUGUUUGUCAGGGCCUGUCCGCAGAACCUUUGUUGCAGUUUACGGAACGCUCCUGCAAACACCUACUCUUGGAAGAUCUAAUUAACAACAAAAGGUUCCACAAGCUUUGUGCUCGUAUGGAGGUUAAAACAAAAAUAUUUGAAACAUAAAUGGUUUUAAAAAGAAAGAAGAAAAUAAUAAUAAAAUCAAGAAAAUAAUUAAUCUGGUGCAUCUAAUCCAGUAGAAGGCGUAUCAGUCUCAAUGUCAGAAUGCAUGGGGCAGACAAUGUAGGGUUAUGGUUACAGAGUAUCUGAGACCUGAUUCAGGUUUAAAGCAAAAUUUAUAUGGGUGCCGAGGAUCCAGGCAUUUGCAGACUGGCAAGGGUUAAUUGUGCAAGUUAAGAAGGUUGCGCUGGGUAUGGUGCGUCCACAAUAAUUAAAGGAAACAACAAUAAUGUAGAAAGGCAGCAAUACUAUAAAAUCAACAAACCCUUCAGAUGGUGUGGAGUACAUCGCCCCUAAUGCUCAUACAGCCAUAAAACUGCUAGCAAAGCUCCAGGGGACAUGUAGUCCACAACAACUUGGUUGCCAAAGGGCAUCUACUUUUGACUUGGCAAAGAGAAGUAUCCGCAGAGCAUCACUAUCUGAUACAGGUUCAUUCUCUCUGCUGCACACCGAGGCAUCUACCAGAAAAGUAAGAUUAUUAUGGCACCCAGGUGCAUGGAACCUGAUUGUGUUCCCAUUGACCAUGAGCAUGCUGAGAAAACAAACAAGACUUUUCUACAAAACAAAAACCAGUAGCACUCAUUUACAUGACAGUAUUGUCAAGCAUAUCUGUAGCAUAUGUGUAUGACUGUGAACUGCACCAUACAUUUUUUUUUCCAGUUAAAUAUGAAUUGUGGAACACUUUAGUGUUUGGAAUACUAAGAUGCCCCCACACUCCCAAACUAUAAAAUGGUUAAAAAUCCCUUUUUACACUUAACUGGUUCCCUCGGUACUGGGUCAGGUUCCUCUGUCGUCGUGCAUGCACAGAGAGUGCCGCAUGCCCAUAGGGCGUUUUCCAUAGAAAAGCAUUGACUCAAUGCUUUCUUAUGGGGAUUGAGGAUUCUGGACAUCCUCAUGCAAAGCGUGAGGGCAUCUACGUCGUUUCAAACUCUGUGAGACUACAAGAAGUGCCUCUAGUGGCUGUCUGAAGCUUGUAAUGUAGACACUGCAGUUUUUUGCAUUGCUAGGCUAAGGGGGACAGGGACACUGCACCCAUACAUACCACUUCAAUGAGUUGAAGUCAUCUAGGUGCCUAUAUGGUCCCUUUUAAUUGUUACCUAUGGUAUCACUAUGUAUGGUGAUAUAAAUGAGAUACAAUUUGCAGGGAUAAAGAGGUAGCUUUGUUUGUAGUAGUCAAUUGGGCACUUACCAUGUUUCUCCAUGAAAAUAAGACUGGGUCUUAUAUAAAUUUUUACCCGGAAAAAACCCACUAGGGCUUAUUUUCGGGGGAGGUCUUAUUUCAGGGAAAAACGUGUGCUAGAAUGCAGGUCUAUGUUCGGGGAAAAUUCCCCAAACAUAGAUAAGCAAACGGCUAGGGCUUAUUUUCAGGGAAGGGUGUAUAUUGGGAGCAUCCCCCGAAAAUAAGCUAGGGCUUAUUUUCAGGGGAUAUCUUAUUUACGGGGAAACACGGUAUGUACAGACAGAAUAUUGUUGUUGUUUUUUUUUUGUUUUUUUAGUGUUCUGUUAAAUAAAGUUGAUUGCAUCUUUUUUUCUAUUUAAACACACAAAAUGUGCUAGCCCUUUCUAGAGGGCUUCUACAUAGUUAUUAAAAGGACACUCCAGGCAUCAAGACAACUUUUAUUUAGGAUUUUUAUUUGUCUGUGUUUUAUUUUGUCUGUGUACUAUGUAUGCUUAUUUUGUAUAUUUAAAAAAAAAAAAAUGAAAUAAAGUUUUGUAGCGUUCACACUGCCUCCUCUGUAUCACCGUCUACAUUCUAAAAUACUUUCUCCUGGUUCUUGUAUGUUCAUACAGCUUAAAGAGUUAAUCUAACACUUUUAUAAAACCAAUUUUUACUUUACAAAGCCCUAUGGGGCAUUGUUAAUUAAUUCAUAAGAUACUCUAUCCCCCUGCCCUCAUACACCAUCAAAGAAACCACUCCCCGUCUGAUGCCACAACCUCCUUCUCCCUAGGUCUAAUAAAACAUUUUCAUAGAGUAACAUUUGAAUUGACUGUUUCACCAUCAUGCAUGCCCUCUGAGCUGGGUAUGGGAGGUAGGGAGGGGAUAAUUUUAAAAGAAUAACUGUAUCUGGAGGGAAGUGGGGGAGCACACACACAGCGUGUAGGGACAACCAAGCAUAGCCUUGCAGGUUCGCUACCUUUUAAGGGAGAAACUUAUUACAUCUGGUACCAGUGUGCUGUGUGCUCUGAUGACAGAUGUAAUGUUUGCACAGAAUUGACAUUAGGUACUCUGUUCUGGGCUGCCUAUAAAAUGUGUGCCAGGGGUGUAACUAUCUCCUGUACAAAAGUGCAAAUAUAUUUGGAGGUGCAGUGGUACCAACCCUUUAAUUUAUGUCCCUUCCAGCUAUGCGGUUUGUAGUUCAAGUAACCGUUUUAAACGUAAAAAAAAAAAAAAAGCGCUGAUAAUUACAGCAUCCAAAAACACCUGCUAUUCAAUGUCAAGGAGUACAGUAAGCAAUUUUACAAAUUAAGGGCUCUCUCCAGCCCUCAGAGCUGGAGAGGAGAAAUAGUAUUUCUAGAGAUGGCUAAAAUAUCAGUGCAGUAGCAUCUAGUCGUUAGAGGGCAAAAGUUACUGUUCACUCAGGUCCAAGAACAUAAGCCGUCUGGCUGCUGAGCUGCAUUCAUGUUUUGCUAGUUCACAGUACAGGUAGUCCUCAUUUUAUGACUUACCUUUUUAACAACGGUACGGGCUGACGACCAGCUCUCUAGUGCAGGAAUUCAAGAGAUUUAGAGAGCUGAUCUAUGUUCAGGGGAAUUUUUUCCCAGAAUAUUGACCUGCACUGGUGUACAUGCUCUGUACCGCAUCCUCACUUACCCCUUACGGCCAAUUUGUUUUGCGACCGAGAGUAAGAACAGAACCCGGUCGGUAAGUGAGAAUUGCCUGUAGUGGCUUUUUUUGGUAUUAGGGUGUGUAGUUACUGUUAUCUAAUAUUGAAAGCAGUGUUUCAGUCAUUAUGUCCUUUUUGCUUUGAAUUAGUUUAACAAUAUACCUAGAUUAGUCCCUUUUUGUUUUACUUUCCUGCAUUUCUAAUUGGGCAAUUUAAAUAUACCUUAAAUAUCUUCUGUUUGAAUUCCAGGUCUCACUGUGCAGGAUGAAGCUAUUCAGAUGAAAGAAUUACGCUCAUUUUCUUAAAUUUUUUAGUGGAUAUCAGAUAGGCUUGUAGUGUUUGUGCACAACUACAAAUAGCAUCUUCAUUCAAUGCCUAACGUAGAAGCUGACAGAGGAGCUAAUGGUCCUGAAAACAUUGAGCAUAAAUCCAAGAGGAAGUCUCCAAAGGGAAAUGGUCACGAUGUUGUGGAAUCUUUUGACUUACCAGAUGCUCCAGUUGGUAACCUCGGACCUGGUACAGAUAGGCAUUAUCCGUGGGGGUGCCCAGUAACGCACACCAGAGAAAAGUUCUACACUAUCUGCUCGGACUAUGCAUUCUUAAACCAAGCGGCAUCGCUGUGUAAACCCCCCAGUUCCGUUACUAGUUCUAGUUCACAAGAAAAAUCUGCCUUACACAAUACACUGAACUACAUAGAUCUCCAGGCCAGUGGGUCAGAUAGCAUUUAUAAUGAAGACUCAAGCUUGGACUCCAUAUCUAGUGAGAUUGGGACAAUUCCACUUGCCUGGGAAAUAGAUACAUCAGACUUCAACACAAUGACUUCAAAAUUAAAAAGCAGACCAGGUGAAUACUUUUUUUCUUUUUUCCUUCUUCUUCUUAUAUCAUACUUGCUUUAAGUUGUAAAACAAAAAGUGAUUUGCACAAGAUAUGCAAAAAAACCCUGUGUGGCUAAAAAAGGUAAAAUAUAAAUAUAAAUAUUAUAUAAAUACCCAACGAUAGGAAGUGCGAAGACUCCUCAAUGUCUUCAAUAUAUUACACAUAAAACCAUAAAAUGCACAACCUAAAAAUACAAAGGGAGACCAAUAGUGCAGACAAAAAUAACUAAAUAUUAAAAAUAAAAAAAUAUAAAGCACUCACAAACAUAGAAGUAAAAAGGCAGGGUAUAGCCAAAUUUCUUCAAGUGCUUCUUCUUCUUCUUCUUCUUCUUGUGUAUGAAGAUGAAUACUUAAAAUUCUUCUGUGCUCUGUUUUAAGUAUUCAUCUUCAUACACAAGAAGAAGAAGAAGCACUUGAAGAAAUUUGGCUAUACCCUGCCUUUUUACUUCUAUGUUUGUGAGUGCUUUAUAUUUUUUUAUUUUUAAUAUUUAGUUAUUUUUGUCUGCACUAUUGGUCUCCCUUUGUAUUUUUAGGUUGUGCAUUUUAUGGUUUUAGUUGCUUUAAGUUGUGUAUGUAUUGGGUUGGUCAGACAAAAGCAGUGGAAAGUGAUCUCAGACCUAGAUGACAAUAGUGUGGCAAAAUAAUUAGCAUGAAUUCGGCCCAGUUCACAGACACUAUUGUAGUUUCUGACAGGAUUUCAAUAGCAAGGUAUUAUGUUAAUAACACUUCCUCUUUUUCACCAAAAGAGUUGGUUUACCAAGCCAGUGGAAAAUUACUUUGUCAGAAUAUAAUACAUUUUAAAAUAUAAUGAUGUCAACAAUUUCAGUUAAAUUAUUUUGCACCGGAAAACCAUAUAUAAAAUAUAAUGAAUUAUAAUAUAUAAUGAAUUAUAAUAUAGAAUAAUUUAAAUAAUAAUAAUAACAAAGUAUUUUAACCAGGAAAGGUACAUUCAAAUUACUCUGGUUUUCAACUAUGUCCUGGGGAUGUUACCUUAGCCCAACACCCAGCGGUUGUUACUAUUACCCAAUUUAAUAUACAGUCUUUUAAGAAAGUACGGUGGGUAUGAACUGUUUUUGUAACAUGCCAGUGAAAGGUCACAUAACAUUAAAGAUUUAUUGCUAACAGUAAUGUUUCCCCCUGACCUCUCCCGUCCAUGGAAGGGUUAAAAAUCCUUUUAAGUAAUUUACCUGAUUCAAGUGUCGAUGUCCCUUGGCACUGGGUCCCGCUCCACCUCCUCUGCCAAAUGUCAGCCAAUGGGGGAGACCUAAUGCGCAUGCCUCAUGAAAGCCCAGGAAAAGAACCAUAUUUUGUUAAUUAACUAAGCGGUUACUGCAAAGUUAAGUGGUGGUUGUAGCUAUUCCACUUGUUAGCUAAAUCAUACAUAUUAAUGUUAUCUACUGUGCUUGUCAAUGAAAAUGUGUGCCUUGAAUAAAAAUAGUCAGUUUUCCUCUAUUAUUAUUAUUAUUAUUAUUAUUAUAUUUACUAAAUCUUGAAUUAAAAAAUGUAUGGCCGAAAUAGUUGAACUGAAAACACAACUGACUUUUUCUAUUGUAGUUUAACAUUUGUGAAAGUUCAUCAGCUAAAACAGAAAACUCUGUAAUCUGAUCUACAUUUUCAGACAUUUAGACUGCAUUAAAAAAAUAAAAUAAUAAUUUCAUGACAUAGAUAGUGAUUUCAAGUUUUGUUGUGACUUUCUGUGAUUUGCUAAAGUGUACAGUGGGACAUUUUACUUUAUCAUGCACCCUGUGAAAUCAUGUCCUGUGAUUUUCAACACACCAGUUAAAUGAAUAAGCUCAGUAUCUCAUUUAAUUUAGUCUGCAAUAUCUUAUUACAGGAGUAGUUAAUAAACCAACUCCAAAGAAGAAAACAGAGCGCAAGGUGAAAUCUUUAAGAGAAUGUCCACAGCACUUCGUCCUGGAUGACAUCAAACAGCGAAAAGUCCUAGACCUCCGAAGAUGGUAAACAACUCUUAGAAUACUAACACAAACUGUGUAUAGUAGGGAAAAAUAAUAUGCUGUGCCACCGAUUUAUUCAAAGCAAGCAUAGGAGUAUUCAUUGAGGCGCCAAUGAGCCUUCAAAUUACACAUUCUUUGCAAAUCUCUGAAUUUAACCCAAAAUUGCAGUUCAGAUCUUCACUAAAAACAAUUUGUGUUGAAAAUAUAAAAGAUAAAUACAAUUUGGAGCCUGAAUAAAAUUUGAUUCUUCUAAAGAAAACAGAAAUUAGCCCAAAAAUAAGAAUACCAAAUGAAGUAUAGGAGUUUGGAUAUAUAUUUAGUACAAAACUGCCUCAAAAUCUGGGCAUUCAGAAGCAGAUUGUCAUUUCUGCUCAGCUCCUUCGUGUGAUAUUACAGCAAUAAGCAAAACCUGCCAGAUGGCUGCCACGCAACAGGUUAAAAUGUAAUGAAAAUAUUUCACUUUAUGAAAUAACACAGACUUACUACUGCAGUGAUAAUGUGGCACAGAAUACCCUCCAAAACCAAAAACCACGAGAGUAAAUACAAAGUAUAGAGAGGAUUUGUGUGAUGUUACUGAUUGUCUAUAAUCCAUAGGAAUUGUUGGGCAAGGACUUUGGGAGCUGAAGUCCCAGGUGUGGAGAUCUGUACAUGUAGUGGACGGGCUCUAGGAUAUUGGCGUGUGUUUAUUUAUUUUCUUAAUUUAACUCCAAUCAGCCUCCUGAUAUAAAAAGAAUGAUCAUGAGUACAGUGCUCUGCAAUGCUACCAAGGGGGAGUGGCAGCUCCACACCACUGUGUUAGGUAGGUAGCAUGGCAGGAUCAUAGAGAAUACCUGGCUGUGCAAAAUGUUCUUGUUUCUGGCUAUGCUUUCCUUGAGAUCCUAGAGAUCAUAAGCAGACCUCUGUUUUCAUGGGUAGAGAAUGGGGGAGAUGUCCUAAAUAGAAGUGGAUUUGCCAUAAUGUGUUUAUGGAACCUAGCAACAAGUCUGAUUUAAUUCUAUUAAUCCAUCUACCUUUAUACAGACAUAUUUAGUAGCACUUUAUCUAUUCUAUGAAUGUAUUUAUUAAAGGUUAUAAACAUGGCAGGCCUUGUUUGAUGGUGCUGCAUGUGUUUUUUUGUUUUUUUUUAUCCACUUGUCCUUGGUGUGAGGGAAUGACUGGGCCAUUGUUAUUAUUCCCAACUGGAUUAUAUUGGCCUAAAUUAUCAAAAUGUUAUCUUCAGUUCACUGUUUACUGUAAUAACUUCACAGUAAAACAUGUUUUGAAUGAUAUAUAUAUAUAUAUAUAUAUAUAUAUAUAUAUGUGUGUAUUUGUAAUUCACAGUUAGGAAAUCAAACAAGUGUAUAGACCACUAAUGUUCUUUUCUUCUUAUAUCCCUUCUAAGCUGUGAUAAUAUUGCUUUUAUUUGUGCUCAGUAACAUCCAGUACAUAAAAGAAAGAAUCAUUAACACAACAGUUAUAUGACACUGGUGAUAACAAUGCAUGUACGAAGUGUAUAACUGGACAAUAGGACAAAGGACUGUGAUAGUCCUGGGGAUUCAGCUUGAGCCUCUCUAGUGCUGUGUGCGAAGGCGGGCAUAUAGUAGUAGUAGGAGGAGGAGACAAAAGAAGACAACAGAUACUGCUCAUUGUUCUUUCUCAUUAGAUACCCAGGAGAGCACAAAUCAAGGCCUUUAUUUCCUACUGGCCAUGUGUAUACUUUUGAAGGGGUGUAGGGAAAGGGUGGUCCAUAACGGAAAUUCAAAUGGACUAACCUCAACCAAAUAAAAUAAAAUUGCCGGUAGCAGAAUUAAAUGUCACAGUAUAGUCAUAUUAUGGAGGUGUGGAGUUGUUUCUCAAGAAUUUCACCCAUGAGUCCCAAGUAAACGAGUAGGACCCAAAUGUAUUGGUUCGCGAUGCAGUCAUCUCCUCCAUCACCCUGAUGGAUUCUACCCUCUGAAUCCACUCUCUAGGAGAGUGAGGGAUUGCACUCUUCCCCUUGGCCAGGGUUUAGGAGAAUAAGAGGGAGCUUAAUGUUUUGCUAGUUUUGGGAAAUAAGUGUGGGUGGAGUAGAAAUGUCAAGGCUUCUGGAGUGUGUGCCAAACUGACUCCUGUUACAGCUGUGAUCAUAGUUACCACCCGUUUCCAGUAAGCUUGAAUUUCUGGGCAUAGCCACCAAAUGUGGGCAGACCUACACUUUUUGAUUGCAUCAUCAGCAUAUAUCUAUCGUAUUAGGUUGUGUAAUUUGGCUGGAGAGUAGUGCCAUCUCGAGACUCUUAUAGUUACUCUCUUGUAUAGAGUUGCUGUUUAAUGUAUGUAUGUUUUGGAAUAUUGUCUCCCGUUCUUUAGAAGUGAGUGUGAUGGUUAGUUUGUGGGUCCAGGACCUUGUAAAAUGGGGUAGUGGAACUUUGUGUUCCUCAUGCAGUAGUUUAUACAUUAUUGAUAAUGUUUACGUUUUAAUAUACAAAAUUUACAGUAGGUUUCAAACAUUGUGAAUGCCCAUCCCCCAACUAAAAGCCUGUCUGUAGCUUGUAGGAAAUGUGAGAAGUGAAGGAAUUAGUAGGACUGUAGGGCAGAAGGUUGGUCAUGGUAUGAAGAGAUUUGAUGGAGACACCAUCCAAGACUGAAGUUAGUCAGAGAUAAGGUGUUCUCUGAUGUGUUUAAAUAAAGUCAAAUGAAUGAGUGUGGAGCCCAGGUUGGGAAAAAAGGGUUUGUAGUCAGUGGGUAUAGAGAGAGGGGUGUGGAGAGAUGUUAGGUGAGUCAUUUGUGAGCCUCCAUAUUUGUAGAGUUGGAGUUAUGAUGGGAUAAUAUUGCUUUUUAAGUUUAGCACAAAUUGGAAAUCAUUAUGAGUUAAACUCUUUGUAAAUGAAGGAAGCCCAUUGAGUGACUGUCUGGAAUACAGCCACUAGAGGCAGUCUUAACGCUGCAAUAUAAACAUUGCAGUUUCUCUAAAACCGCAAUGUUUUAGAUUGCAGGGUUAACGGGACAGUGCACCCAGACCAUUUUAUUGACAAGUGGUGUGGGUGCUUAUAGUGUAUUUUUAACUACUGACAUAGGUGAGAUUCACAGAGCAGACUCGACAGGGACAGCAUCUCUAGUGAUUCACGACUCUGGGUUAAAUAGCUAAAUAGCUCCACAUUCAGAGCUGGAGCCACCCCAGGACCCCUCUAGUGACACUCCUGCUUUAUGUUCCGUAUAACAAAAGAAUAAACAAAUGAAUACAGUUAAAGUAUUUAUUAGAAAUGUCUAUAAUACUGGGUCUUCUGUCCGGUUCUGUUAAUGAGAUUCUUAGUAAAGUCUAGUAAAUUAUAUUAUACAUACCAAUUCGCUAUCAAAAGAGUGGGGGGAAAAAAGUGGGUUCAGCAAUGUGGAACAAAAAUAGCUUAAUGAAACAUAGGACAAAAACAAGCUGCUAACUCCAAAAAGCAGUGGUUAACAACUUCAAAAGUAAACCGAACAUAUGGUAGUGCUAAGAACAAUUUUAUUAAAUAAAAUAAACUAAUAGUACACCACAAUAUUAAAUGCCUGACAUAUACAAAUGAAGGGACACUGGCUCUGCUUAAAUACUCCCGCUGUAAAACAAUGUUGAACCCCAAAAAUUCCUUCUCUGUUGACUAUUUGGUAUUUAUAAUACAUUUAAGGAUCUCAUUAACAGAACUCCUUAGAGACUGAUUUUGCAAUUGUGUUAUGUAUACCUUCUUCACACCAUUCGAGACAUUUGUAACAUCUACUCGAAGUGCAUUCAUUUGUUUGCGGUUUUAUUUCUUUGUAAUCAGUGUAUGUUGGAAUACUGUCACUAAUGACACCCAUCCCUCAGUCAAUAUGCCGAGCAUGCCCAGUUCCGCGUGCAUUUUCAGGACCUUAACAAUGCAAGCCCCCACGUAGAAUUAUCCUCCCAUGGUCAACCCCACCUCUCUAAUUAUUUGCUUAUUAGUGCUAUUAUUUGUGUAGAUCAUUGCACAUUAAUUGGAAAGUAAGCUCAGUUUUCCUAUGUUUUUUCUUUUGUUUGUUUGUUUCUACAGGUAUUGUAUCAGCCGUCCCCAGUACAAGACAUCAUGUGGAAUUUCCUCACUGGUAUCAUGCUGGAACUUUCUGUACAGCACCCUGGGAACAGGAAGGUACCCGCCACUUUAAAGCCAAACUGUCAGGUUUCUGCUCAAGCUGAAAGCCAUCUGAAAGUUGCCUAUGAGUUGGAUUUGUUUAUUUAUUUUUUUUAUUUUUUUACAUCAGGUUAUAUAUUUAAUUUACACAGCUUGUUUGUCUUUCUGUCCAGACACAGCCAGAUCUUACCAUGCAAAGUAAUGUAAACCCAGCAGUGCUGUAGAACAUGUGGAUCUAUUGGAAUAUAGCCUGUUUGAUCAUUGAUCAAACCCACUGUCUAUAUCUCUCCUUUUAGCAUAUUUAUACAAUUUCUUGGCGUGAGAUUGAGGAACUGUCAAUUCUCUGUAAUGUUUUAUUUUUUGAAACGUAGUAAAUACAGCUUUACGGAUGUCAUUGUAACGUGUAUGCGUGUACAACUGUUUCUUUGUUACACUUCUCAUAGUGUAAAGUCCUCCAUAAGAAAUAUAUUUAAUUAACCCUUACUCUGUCUUUUAUUUUGUGUGUGUGUUUUUGUUUUUUUAAUACUUAAAAAAUAAAUAAAUAAAAUUGUGUUGCUGUGUGGUGAACAAAGCAGACUAACAUUUUUAACACUGAAUUCCAACAUUUUUUUGUUUGUUGGUUUUAUGUAAAUGUGAUUUGCUCUCUACAGCCUCCCACCAAUAACUCAAGAGGAUGCCUUACAUAUUUUGGGUUUUCAGCCUCCCUUUGAAGAAAUACGAUUUGGGCCUUUCACUGGCAAUACCACUUUGAUGAGGUAACACUUCCACUGUUCUAAUACUCUUCAUGACUCUUGGCAUUCUGUCCAUAUUAUUAUUGCAAAUAUAAUUCAUUCAAAUUUAUACUUGCGUUUCUUUAAAGUGUCACUUUGGCACAAAAUCAACUCCACAUCUUCGUAUAGGUUGUAGGCUUGUGUUGAAUUUGCUGUUUUGUUAGAAAACAGAAAACAUUUGCACCAUAACCUGGCCCCGCAAGUGCCCCCCUUGCCUCCAUUUCACAAUGCAUAGGCAUCAUGCUGGUUUGCAAGUCACGCCGACAUGAGAAACUAGCAGUAAUUGCAUUUAGAUUUUCAACAACUAUAGUAUGGGGUAUAAUAUUUUUUAUAUAUAUAUAUAUAUAUAUAUAAUUUUUAUUUUAUUUUUUUUCAUUUAGAUUUUAUUGGAUUUUCAAAAUUGCAAACAAGUGUGCGCAUACAGAAAUGCAGUGAAAUAAAAUACAAAAAGCAGCCCUGAAAAAAUGUUAUACCAGCCCUAUCAUUAAUUGUGCCAGCGCUGACAGAUAUACAGUAACAAUUAUUUCACCAACAAGGAGUCACUCACAGGACUUAAAAUAAACAAAAGAGCUGUAUUAUUCUAAUCAGAUGUGCAACAUCUUACUUCAACGUUUCAUCCUUAUAAUUUUGAAAGGUCCAGUAAUGGGAAUGACACAUUGACUGAAUGCUGCUGCACGUCUGAUUUAAAUAAAUGUGAUUUUGUUUAGUCCUCAGUCCUACAAGUGCACUCUUCGUUGUGUGUAGUUUGAUACCAGGGAAUGAAAGACUGAGAGAUAGGCAGGGUUAUCCACUAAACUAAUCAUUUUUGAGAAUGAAAAUGUAAAUUGCAAAAUUUAGGCUACAAUAGUCAAGCUGUCACUAUACCCAAGUUAACAUUUUGUUUCAAAUCUGCUAUUUUAGUUUAAAUUAUAAAAUUUAGAUUUUCAUUUUUAAAAUUAAAAAUAUUAGUAAAAACCCUUUGGCAAAUGUCAGACCCUUCUUACAAUAUAUAUAUGUGUGUGUGUGUAAUUUCCAAGUGUAUUAUGCAUUAAUUAUAUAUUAUAAACAAAAUAAUUAAUAAAAUGAUAUAUAUAUAUAGUGAUAUAAUACCGUUUGUGCAUAUGUAUGUAUGCAUAAUACUUCCACAAAUCACAUAGAUAAAGCAAAGCUGUAUUUAAUUUUUAUAAUUCAACAUGUCAUUUAAAAAAAAUAAAAAAAUAAAAAAUACUUAUAUAGGCAUACACACAGAUUUUUGAUUAAUGGAUACUCAUUGGCACGUACUGAUGCCCACACAUACACACACUCACACUGGCGCACAAUGAUCCAUACUGACACACAUACAGUGACAUAUACUGACACACACACACACACACACACACACACACACACACAGAGAAGCAGCCUGCCUGCAGCUCUGUCUGGUCCCCUGCUCACUCCUCUCCCUGCCUGCCAGCACUUUACACACAGGAAGCAAAACAUCAGAGGACCCGCGUGGGCUGCCCUGCUCUGCCUGAUUGCCAGGUCACAUGCCUUCUGUGUGUGAAGGCUGUCAGGCAGGGACCAGGACUACCUCCCUCCCCUGCUCCUUAUGUUUCACUCGCGAGUGCAUAAAGCACAGUGCUGAUCUAGAGCUGAGAGGGGACUUUCACUCCUCAGCUCAUCAAGCCCCCGACAUGAGACUGUGUACUGGGUGGGGGGAGGAGAAGAUUCUGCACUUUGCAGCCCCAAGUGCCCCGGCCCACCGGGAAAUUUCCCGCUAUCCCAAUGGCCCAGUCCGGCCCUGACAAAAAGUACCAUUAGUCACAAUAAAAUGUACAACAUAUAGUCUUCUACUGUGAGACAAACCAUAAGUUUUCGUAGACCAUAACGUCUCUUAACGGAUAUUGUAAUUACUGAGAUGUUUAACAAAUGGACACGAAAAAUAAAGUGGGUGUUAAUAACCUGCAGUGUUUCUUUAGUACGUGCAAAACAGGCCUCUAUACAUAUCUCAUCUUAAAUUAAAAUGUUAUUGAUUGAGAAAAUCUCAUUGACAACUUGAGAAACAGUUCUUCUAAUAUGUUAAUUAUCUUCAGAUGAGUCCCAUUUGUUGAUCAGUAUAUUGAAUGAUACCUGAAACCAGAGUCAGCAUUAAACUUACAUGAAGAUUUCUGCUCAGAUAUACUUUUGAAAAAAAAAUUCUUUUUAUUGUGGAAGUGGUAAUAAACAGGCUUCACAGGCCCCGAUAGCAAUAACAAGCAUAGUAAAAACAGAGGUUAUUAGCAUGGCAUUCAUAGAAACUGCACAUUUUUAUAUUUAAAGUUACAUCUGUAAGAAGGUAAGGUGAGAGCAUGUAAAUCAAGCUAUUUGGGAUGAUGAGAUCUCAUUUUAUGUUAUAAGAAAGAAUAAUCACUCUGUAAGUACUAAUUAUGCCACAAGUGUAUGCAUUGGCUGAUUUUCAAUUGUUAAAAUCAAUGUCGGUUUUGCCAUAUUUAAAAAAACUUGCUAUGAGGAACAAGAUGAAAGAAGAACUAAUAAAACAUGAAUAGAGAUGAACAAUAUGCUCCUUAACCCUGGGGAUGGAGGGGGAGAGAAGUUGGGCCUGUUGUGGCCCGGUCUGUGUGUAGCUGCUGAUGCGAUUAGCUAUUUAGAUCUGGGUGUGCCCACAUUCUGCAUGUAUAGGGAGGAGGUAAGCAGGAUGCAGCUCUUGUUUCUUGAUAUUGAGGAAAUAUUGGGACAGACAAAUUAAAGCAGAAUACAGUUCACACUAAUUAAAAACACCAUGCAAGGCAUAACCUGUACACUAUAAACUGUGCUAAACUUGGUGUUCUUAUGCAUUAAUGGCUGGGACUAGCCCUUGGGUCAGGAGGUCUAGAGAGAUAGGGAUUUGGCCUCUCUUACUGUCAAAGUCCCAUCAGGUCAUGACUGCUACAUAGUUCUCUGACGUGAGCCGUUGGGGGACAAAUGGGGUAACCGUUGCGGGGUCCCAGAUACAGGGUGUUGCGGAGGUGGUUCAUGGUCCUGUCGGAGGUAAGGAGUCCUCCUGUAUACCCAGGGUGGGUAGGAGAUCUCUCGCACCCUGCAUGUCGUGGAUGGUGAACGAGGAGUCGCCAUGAUUCAUUGGCAGUGCGUGUGGUCCCCUUAACCUGUACUUGAUGUGUUGUUUGCGGAGGAGAGAUGUAAAGGGCUGGAGAGAGCGUCGCCAAGCCAGGGUGGACCUAGACAGGUCUGUGCAGAAUGAUAGCGACAUGUUCUCGAAUAGGUAUUGAGAUUGAUUUUGUGUUGUGUUCAUCACCGCUGUUUUAUCUCUGUUACCGAGGAAGUGCACCAGGAGAUCCCUAGGUAACGUGCUUGGUAGGCGUCGGUGGACGGAACACCCCCUCCGGGGUCACCUGUUUUGCGUGCUUGGGACAUAGGAGGGCUGUUAGGAAGUCACCUUACAAAGAGAGGUAUUUCAGCCUCUGGUAUCUCCUCAGUGAUCCCCCUGCUCUUAAUAUUCAUGAUUCACCUCUGAUCUUCUAAUGCUGCAAAUCGUUGGUCAUAUUUAAGAUUCUGUUGCUGCAGGUACUUUGUGUGCUUUGCGUUUUGGUUGGAGUCUUGCUCCACAGUGCUCAUGCAGCCUGUCAGGCCCUGUAGGUCUUUGUGGAUUUAGGCCAUGUCAUUCUGUAAAGCUAGCUGAACCCCAGCCAGCAGUUCUUUCAUGAUCGCCGUGGUGACUGGAGGUGAGUCCGGCUGUGGGGAAGUCAGGAGAGGGUUCUUUGAGGCGGGUGGGGGUUCCACCUCUAUUUCUGGUAUGAAAUCGUUCGACAUAUCGGAGCAGUCAUCGGUGAAGGCGAGGCAUACCUUUUUAUGUUAAACUCUAUCUCUAUUCUACCACUUUAUUUCUCUUUAGCCAUCAAUGCUUCCUGCAGAUGCUUUGAUAUUGUGAUGUAUGUAAUGUACAUUCUGGACAUAUAAACAUUAGCUAACAAAUCUAUCACUUCUCCAUCACUAGAUUCCUGAAAUAAUUAUGUCCUUGUCUAUAUGUUUCUCAUUUAAGCCUCUGAAGUUAUUUUGUAGCAUUUAUUUAGGCUAUGUAUAAGCUGGGGUGUAAUAAGAUAAGACUGAUGAGGCAUCCCACUAGAUAAUGAUUUGUCUAACUAUGGACCUAGAUAUUUAACAUGCCUCUCGAGUCAUCUGUUAAAGUUUGCACAAAAUAUUAACUAUGGAUCACUUUUUAGGCUAACAUUGUGUACGUGGGUGGGUCAGAUUAUGCAAACUUUAGGAUGAAGAUCUAAAAGGCCAUGUGCAUUUUUGGGAAAUUGAACGCAGUAUGGAAGGACUUUAAUUAGUAGAGUAGAAUCCGGUCUGUGGUGGUGGUAGUGGUGAUAGCAUGGCUGUGAAGUGAUAGCUCCUACAUUAUUAUGGGAAAAACAAGAGGAGCUGUUUUUAUAGAUUUAUUGGACUCCUCUUGGUGUAUAUAUUCAGAACAGUUGUUUUUAUAGUCAGAAAUGUCUAUGAGGCAAUUAUUAGGCAAAACCCCUGCCACGGUACAUAAUGUAUUUAACAGCAAACAAAAUCUGCAACCCUUGACUUCAUUCUUCUUCUUUUAUUAGAUGGUUCAGACAAAUCAAUGACCAUUUCCAUGUAAAAGGCUGUUCAUAUGUGCUAUACAAGCCUCAUGGAAAGAAUAAGACUGCAGGGGAAUCUGGUGAGUAAUUAAGUC